AUGUGUGUGUCCCCAGGGGUCGGUGGGGCCCCGGUGCAAGGUGCUGGCGCGCACGUUCUCUGGGGCCGGCUGGGCUUGGGUGCGUCCCUUGCCUCCGUGUCUGCCUCUCACCAUCUCCUUCAGGGUCCUCACGCGGCGCUCCCACGCCCUCCUCCUCUUCUCUGGUCCUCUGGCGCCCCAUCCACGCCGCCCACACUCUCCGCCCACGCCCAUGCUGGCCGUGCAGCUCUGGGAAGGGCGGCCGCAGGUCGUGCUGGAAGGCGGAGGGUCGCCACUUAAACUUGAGGUGAACACGACGGUGAACGACGGUGACUGGCACCUUCUACACCUUCACCUCAACGCCCAGGGUGUGUCGGUAAUGGUGGACCUGUGUGGCCGAGGCUGGCACGAUCGCUCUUCCCACGACUCCCACUGUAUAACGCGGGCCGAGUGGGUCCUCCCCACGGGUGGGGAGGCGUGGGCGGGCUCGCCACCCCUGCAGGUGGGCGGCCUGGCCCACGCGCCCCCGCGCCCUGAUGAUCACGGCUGGGUGGAGGCGCCCACGGCCCGCCCUCUGGAGGGCUGUGUGUCACAUCUCACCCUCAAUGGUCAGCUGGUGGAUCUGGGCGAGCCGGCCUACAGCCAGGGUAGUGUGGGCGGCUGCCACCCUCAAGACGCAGCGUGCCCGGGCGGCCUAGGUGGGUGUGGGCGUCGCGGCCAGUGUGUGGGCGGCUUGCUACACCCGCAGUGCGAGUGCGACCCCGGCUGGUCAGGUCUGGGCUGUGCCACCCCAACCACGCCCGCUGCUCUGGGCAAGUCGUCCUACAUGAAGGUGGCGCUGUCGUUCACCCCGGCGCCGCGGGUCGUGACGGUGCAGCUGCGGGUGAGGACCCGGGGCCCUCGAAAUGGGCUUUUGCUGCGCCUGGCAGCUCACCACCGCUCUGCUGCCUUCACUCUACAUUUGCGUGCGGGCGUGGCGUGUGUGUCAGUAUCAGGGGCGGGAUGGGCGACGCGGGCGGCCUGCGUGGAGGGGCGGCCUGUGGGCGACGGCGCCUGGCACACCAUCGUCGCAGAACGUCACGGACACAACCUGGCGGUGAGCGUCGACGACGGCGACGGCUGGAGGAGGAACGAGUCGCUGGUGUCGCUACUGCAGGGCCCCGGUGCCAGGGGCGUCAGGGUCUCGCCGGGGCCGCUGGAGGUCGACAAACAUGACGGAGUGACGGUGGGAGGCAUGCCGGAGUUCGCAGGAGUGAGCCUCGUUACCGUCCACGAAGACCUCAGCGACAGUUGCAUAGACGACUUGCGCGUGUCCGGGCGGCCGUUGCCGCUGCCACCCGCCGUCAACGGUACCAGCUGGGGUCAAGUGACCACCUCAGAACGUUUCACCCGCGGAUGCCCUGCCCCGGACGCCUGCCUCAAUACCACCUGCGCCCCUCCCCUCUCCUGCACCAGCACCUGGGGACGUGCCACCUGCAGUUGCGGGGCCGGAGGGCAGCUGGUGGACGAUACUGUUUGUGAAGACGUGGACGAGUGCUUGUGGCGGCCCUGUCUCAACGGCGGCUCCUGCUACAACCUGCGCCCCGGUUACCUGUGCGUGUGCGGCCCGGGCCGCACUGGGGAUAAUUGCGAGUGGGGUGGACUGUCCCCAGACAGUCACCCAUUCACAGCUCCAGUGGCCAUAGCCGCCCUCACGCUCUCUCGCUUCUUACUCGUGGUGGUGGGCGUCGUCUUCUCCAUCCGGCUCCACCGGAAGUGGCUGGGGCGGGCGCUGGCAGGGCGGCAGGUUGGUGACGUGGGCGGCCGGGGCGGUGGGGGCGGCGAGGAAGGGACCAUAAUAGCCGUGAAGGGCGGCAUGGAGGAAGACAGCGGAAAGCCUCAGGCUCAAGGAAGACCCCGACGACACAUUUCUCAACUGCCUCAAGUACAACCAUCUUCAAGCUCACCCUCCAACCCAGAGGAAAGUUGCGGGGCCGGAGGGCAGCUGGUGGACGAUACCGUUUGUGAAGACGUGGACGAGUGCUUGUGGCGGCCCUGUCUCCACGGCGGCUCCUGCUACAACCUGCGGCCCGGUUACCUGUGCGUGUGCGGCCCGGGCCGCACUGGGGAUAAUUGCGAGUGGGGUGGACUGUCCCCAGACAGUCACCCAUUCACAGCUCCAGUGGCCAUAGCCGCCCUCACGCUCUCUCUCUUCUUACUCGUGGUGGUGGGCGUCGUCUUCUCCAUCCGGCUCCACCGGCAGUGGCUAGGGCGGGCGCUGGCAGGACGGCAGGUUGGUGACGUGGGCGGCGUGGGCGGUGUGGGCGGCGAGGAAGGGACCAUAAUAGCCGUGAAGGGCGGCAUGGAGGAAGACAGCGGAAGCAUCAGGCUCAAGGAAGACCCCGACGACACAUUUCUCAACUGCCUCAAGUACAACCAUCUUCAAGCUCACCCUCCAACCCAGAGGAAAGCAGAAGAGAGCCCGGCUCGUCCUGAGAGCAGCAGCCACCACACCCUCGUGAAGGAGCCGUCAGCAGCUGAUGUCUCCGCCAGGGUGCGGGCCGCAGACGCCGCCCCAGAGCCCCUCCUGCCCCAGGACGACCUCAGAGCCUACGCCUACGAGGGCGACGGGUCGUCCGCGGGGUCACUCAGCUCGGCCAUAUCAGGUCUGAAAGCUGAGUUGGACGACGAUGGCAACAUGAAGCCGCUGGUGUCGGAGUUCCUGGAAGUGAUGGACUUGCUCAGGAACUUACCCGAGGCCUCAAAGUCCCCCUCGCUCCUCACCAAACUUGACAGGAAGUCGGGUCUUCAAGGCAGCGGCACCCCUGGUGGUCCGGACGUGCCGCCCACGCCACGGAGCAGCAUCAAGUCAUCCACGCCCACGGCGUGUGGGGCCUCACCCGCCCACAGAAGAGAGACACGACACACGCCCCCGAGACACGCCUCUUCACCUCGUAGUAAAGAGGAACUCUCCACAGCCUGUUGAUCGGUUACUGGCGCGGCGGCCUCCGUCUGAACCCACAAACUCAGGGAAACAAAAACAAAAAAAUGAGCUAUAAAUAUCACCGCUAUCGAACCAAAUCCCGAAGAGGGGGGGAGGGGUAGGGGAAAUAAUAGUAAAUUGUUCUAGAAAUGGUCUUCGGGCGAGUCUUUGAGUGCUCAGGACAUUGCUAAGAGUUGAUGAAGGGGGAUUGAGUUCUCGAGUGGAAGAGUGUCAAGUGUUGAUGCCUAUGAGUGACAUUGUAAUUACACUUGUACACCUUGUAUAGCAUUUACUGUUUAAGGUAGAAUGUAAACCAUUAUUUCUAGCAUUUGUUGAUAAAUAAAACCCGCACUUUGUGUAGUUGACAGUGAAGCCACUGGAGAGUCUGGUGACGUAUCAUCCCCUUGUAUGUCAUGUACAUAUAUUUUCUAUUACAAGAAUUCUUCAAAAUC